AUGCAACCCCCCUCAGCCAACGCAUCCGAAAGUGGUGGGCCAUUCUCAUUCCUUCGUCAUUUCGCAAAUCCUACGAUUCAAAAAGAUCGACUUGCAAUAGGUGAAACUGCGAAAUAUUCCUUGCGAAGGAACCUUGAAACUCUUUAUUCGCGCCUGGAAGAGGCGCUCAUGCCCACUGAUCCUACACCAAAUCUCCUGGGCAAUUUUCAAACUCCUGAUCUACCGUUUCAAAUGACUACAAAUACGGACGAGUCGAUUUUAACCCAGUAUCCCCAUGAAGUUCUCUUCCCAUCAAGGCUUUCCAAUCAACUUACUGAAAUUAUGACCGAGUUGGUUGAGACAUCAAAAUCCAUGACACCAUCAGAUACCAGUCAACCGAAGACGCUCGACAUUAUGGAGCUCACAUCUCUCCUAGGAGUAUCCAAUAUAUCCGCUUUCAUUUCAGCCUUCUUUCACUCUCUUCACUGGCACCUGCCAAUCGUUCAUUUUCCUACGUUCGACCCAGGAAACGUAUCAAACCCUCUACUUCUUGCAAUUUUCAUGGCAGGAGCAGCAUAUACAGCCCCACUUGACAGAGCAUCAAUGUCGCCAUGGCUUCUUGAUGUGGCUGAAGAAUACGUUUUCCGAAAAGUGUCAAAUUUACCUGCGACGCCCUCGCCCAAGAAUUCUGCUGCUCUUCUCCCAACCGUGCAGCUAAUACAGAGCGCUCUUAUCAUCGAAAUGCUACAGUUUGGAAGAGAUGAUAUGCCGACAAGGAGGCGCAUUCGGAUUGUCCGCAACCCGUGCCUUGUAUCUACCAUCAGGUCAUUGGGUUUGUUCCAGUUAAAACGGCGAACACCCCCAAAGACAUGUGACGAACAGACAUGGCGGACACUGGUAGCAGAAGAAACUUGUAUACGAAUUGCAUGUUGGGUUUUUCUCGCAGACGGCUUUCUUACUGUCUGCUUCAAAAACCACCCGUCGUUAUCGAUAUUCGAAAUGAACUGUGAUUUCCCUUGGAGUGCUGAGCUUUGGGAGGCCGAGAGCUCAUCUGCAUUCAGCAGAAUAGUUACGACGGAUCCUAUUGAGAACCAACUUCCGCCCCUGAAAGAAGUUGUAAAUCAACUGCUUGACACGCCUACCAGCGAAAAUCCAAUACCAUGGGGUCUCUCACUCUCAUCCGAGCAUCUGUUGAUCCUGAUAUACGCUAUCAACUCCCUGGCAUUCCAGGCGCGGGUGGGUCUUCUCAAAUACCUUCCACUCGAUGCCGUUAGCCGGGCCGCUGGCAACUGGAAACGAAUAUGGGACUCUGUUGUUGGAGCAGUGGAACAAGAGCAAAUCCUUCAUCUCGGUUACCCGAAGCAUGCCGAGGAACUAUGGUGGUUGUUGAAAGCUACGCUAGAGGUUUCUGAUAAGCCAGAAACAGGAUUCGCGUAUCUCGAGAGUAGUGCUACUGACGAACUAGGGACAUUGAACGACUUUAUACAAUCAUGCUAUCGCAAUGCCUAA